UCCGUACGGCAUCGUAGCCAAAAUCGAAACAUGCCAGCCAAAGGUCCUCUACAGUCUGUCCAGGUUUUUGGGCGCAAAAAAACCGCCACAGCCGUUGCCCACUGCAAGAGGGGUAAUGGGCUCAUCAAGGUUAACGGCAGACCCCUUGAAACGAUUGAGCCAGCCACACUUCAGUACAAGCUCCUGGAGCCUGUGCUGUUGCUGGGCAAGGAGCGUUUCGCUGGUGUUGACAUCAGAGUGCGCGUGAAGGGUGGUGGACAUGUUGCACAGGUCUAUGCUAUCCGUCAGGCUAUCUCCAAAGCCCUGGUUGCCUACUAUCAGAAGUAUGUUGAUGAGGCCUCCAAGAAGGAGAUCAAGGACAUCCUGAUCCAGUAUGACAGGACCCUGCUGGUCGCCGAUCCUCGCCGCUGCGAGUCCAAGAAGUUCGGUGGACCUGGAGCCCGUGCCCGCUACCAGAAGUCUUACCGUUAAAAUCUCUCUGUACAUUUUCUUACAAUAAAUUUGAGGGAAAAACA